GGGUGUCCUUAAACCUGUACCGCCAUUUAAGACGAGCCUCGAAGAUGUUCUCAAAGGAGCGGCACGUGCCGAAAUCCUCGUGAAGCGCUGCAAAUGUCCAGCUACAGUCUGCGGCCGAGUAGCCAGCAUAGAAACUACCGCGAAAUGGCGCAAAUUGUGGACGCUGUUGUGAAGCACAAAGUGGCGCGCUUUCGUGACCGCUGCAAACCUCCAAUAUCCGAGGACAUUUACGAUGAAAUACUGCUACUUAUGGAGGAGAAACUGGAGAGCGGCAAGGUGUCCAGUCUCCUUACAGUUAGCGAGAAGGCUAGGAAGUACUGGAGAACUCACGGCCGGGAGUUCGUGGACCUGGUAGACCUCCAGGAGCAAUUGGGCCGUCCAUCCAAGGGCAUCCUUCUCAAGAAUGGCCGGGCGCUGCUGUCCGAGUCGCUGGCCGAGGAGCUGGUCGUGCGGUACGUGGCCGAGCGGGGUCCCCAGACGGUGCAGCGUGACAUGCAGUCCCUGUUCGAGCUUCCGCUGCCCCUGAUCCAGGCGCACGUGCAACGGUCGGCUAAUGUGCGCCUCGCCAAGGACCGCCGCUACAUGCGCCUCAAGUUCGAGGAACGCAUGAACGAGCUGCGGCAGAACGUGCUGGCCGAAGCCACUGCGGCCACCACCACCUCAUCGGACACCAAUGGCAACGGCUUGCCUUCAAGCGUGCCUGGCGGGACAGCAGGAAGUGUGGCCAUUACGACUCCAGCCCCGGCCGAUCUGCCCGUGCUUCUGAUCAAGCCCAUGCCCAAGCGCAAAGCGAAGCCCAAGAGCCACGAGCAGAAGAUGCGGGACGUAGUUGCAGCAGCUCGCCCCAUUGUGACAGCGCAGGCGUCACCCCCCAUCACUUCCUGGGAGGAACAUCCCCGGAACUUGAUCCCCGAGCUGUGCCGCCAGUUCUACGAUCUAGGAUGGGUCACCGGUACAGGUGGUGGCAUCAGCAUACGGCAUGGGCACGAGAUCUACAUAGCACCAUCCGGGGUGCAGAAGGAGCGCAUAGCAGCGGAGGACCUCUUCGUGCAGGACAUGGAGGAGCGGUUCCUGUCGGGCCCUCCACCGCACAAGAAGCUGCGCAAGAGCGAGUGCACACCCCUGUUCAUGAAUGCCUACACACUGCGCGGUGCAGGGGCAGUGAUUCACACUCACUCCAAGGCGGCUGUGCUGGCUACCCUGCUGUACCCAGGCCCCGAGUUCCGGAUCACCCACCAGGAAAUGAUCAAGGGCAUCAAGAAGGGCCAGUCUGGCAUAAGCUACCGCUACGACGAAGAACUGGUGGUGCCCAUCAUCGAGAACACACCUUUCGAGCGAGACCUCAAGGCAAGCAUGCGGGUGGCCAUGGAGCAGUACCCGGACACCUGUGCGGUGCUGGUGCGCAGGCACGGUGUCUACGUUUGGGGCGACUCCUGGCAGCGGGCCAAGACCAUGUGCGAAUGCUACGACUACCUCUUCGACAUAGCCGUGCAGAUGAAGAGGCUCGGGAUGGACCCGACGCUGCCUCCACCGCCGCAGCAGAGCGCUGCGGCGGCAACAACACUUGCCGAAGCAGUGCAGGUGGCAACAACAGCUGAAGCUGAAGCAGCACCCGUGGACCCGCCUGCUACCCUGACCACACUAGCUGGCGAGUUGGCCGACACCCCAGGAUUCACGCUCAACCCGAAUGGCCCGGCCCCAGCCGAGGGCCAGACCACCUACGUUGUCUACAUGUGAGCAUCGGACUGCAGCAAGUGCCUUUCGGAACUAAGACUCUCAAUAUGGGCCUUACCCUGACUAAGCCUUACCGGACUGGCGUACGAAGCAUCGUACCAAUUACACGAACUGUAUGGCAAAAAUGCGCCGUUCAUUGGUACACAGUCUGCAAUCUCAUUUGUCAAGCUGUGGGCACAUGGUACCUCUGCUGUCUUGUCGAUGAGCAUGCAGUGCUCGUUUGUUACAAUGAACAUAUUUCAAUUCAGCUUGUGCUGCACUUGAAAAAAGGAAAAUUACACAUUGUUCUAGGUAAAAGGACUACACUUAUAUCUCAGAAUAACAAAGUCGCAUUCUUUACAAAAGUAUGUUUAUAUCCUAGUAUUCAUUAUAAGCACAUUCGAUAUGUGCUGGUAUUAAUGAGAAACAACAUUAGUAUGCUCCAUAAAUUCAAGAAUUAGUUAUGUGGUUGAUCAUUAGUAUACAGAAGGUUUGACUGCACGUACUUAAGAAGCAUGCUGCCUUUUCCGUCUUACAUUUAAGAAAGGUUGAAUGAGUGACUAACGUUGCGGUAAUGGAAGCCACUGUGCCAAGUUUCUAGUGUGCCUUUGAACUGUCAGUUUCAACCAGUGGAUGUGGUAGUUUGGGUAACACUGAGCAAGCUGAUGGGACAUCUUCGAACAAAUCUGUGCUGCGCUAUGUAUACGUGAGCUCAUGAAAGUGAAAACGAACUGGCUCAAUUUCGCCAACCUCGUUGCAGGUGAGAGUUGCUUUGGCAGUGUAAUAUGAAGAGCUGUGCAACAACAGUGGAGUAGUGCAGUGUCUAGUCAUGGCUUUGCUCCGAUCAAAGGCAUCAAAGGGUUAACCUUUAAGUGCCCUGCAAAUGCGCUUGGCUUGUUUUUUGAACUGCCAUUAUCAUGCAAAAAUGUGCAGAAAAAGAAAAAUCAGACAACUUGGGAACUUGUGUGAAGAAACAAUCAAAAGAAUAAGUUAUGUCAGUACACUGCUUCAAGUUGUCGCUCAAACGGAAGUUCCGUGAAAAUCUGCAUUUGUGACGUGCUGAGUUUUAGGCGGUGUCUGUGAACACCUGUGAAUGUGAUCGCAUGCCUGAGAGUGUGGUCUGUUGGCACAUGGACAUGUUGCUGAACAUUUCUUUCUGUAGGAUUAAUGCAAAGUACUGUGGUAUUAUCCCAAUCGCAACAUUUCCAUUUGCAGUCUAAUAAUUUGAUUCGUCUUCUGUACUAUUUGUAUAUGUAAUAAAACUUCAUAGGGGCCAUAAGAGUAGUAUUGUGCAAGAUCUGCUGCGCAUAUUGUAUAGAAAGUAUGCAUGUUUUGGAUUUUUUAUGGAAUGGUUUAGCCGUAAUUAUGUUGACCACAACUAGAUUUGUAAAUUACUAAUAAGGUGGUGCUCUGCCAUUUACGUAGUCAGCUAGCGUCGAAGCAAGUGCCAAGCACUAGCAUCAUGUCCCAACUUUACUGCUAAAGGAUACGAAGUCUUCCCAAAGCAGUGGCAUUACUUUCUAUUGCUGGGUUGUGAUUGUGGAUCCACCUCUAUGUGAACACCACUAUCCAUCAGCUUCUCUUGCAAAGUGACAACUGCACUGUUUUGUCUGUCUGUGAACUAGUAUAUACCAGGAUGCAAUGUUCUGGUACACUUUUUGUUCCUAGUUAUGGGCUUCUGUUUCUGUUUUCUGUGACACUAUCACAGUUCAAAGCUUCAGUGUUAACAUUUGAGUAAACGAACUUUGAGUGAUUGUGCAGAAUUUUCUGCACCACUGGUCACGAUGCACAGGUCAUUCAAGUCGCCAGUGGGAUCAAUGGCAUGUGGGAUCAAUAAAAACAAGCCAACCUCGAACAUGGUUAUAACUAAUGAUGAAUGUAAUGCCUUUUCAUUUUCUGUAAAUGAAGAAAGGAUAACAAGUUCAUAUGUGACGCUGGUUAGGCUAAGAUGGGAGCAUUGCCCACCUUCAGUUAUUUUCUGAUUGUGGCAAUCGUGCUGAUUCUGCUUCAUAGUGCCAUUGGGAAUAUCAGUUUUUUUUAUUUCUUUAAUUAUGGAGGAUGCGUUAAAUUCAUGGUUUCCGAAAAUGACUGGGGCUGGUUGAGUGAACCGCAAAUCAACCAUGAAAGCUUUUUUUACACGCCAUUCCACAUCCUCUUUUCUACUUCUUUAAGCUAGGAAGUUCUGAAUUAUGUAGAUCUUGUGAUCUCAGCCUACUAAACUUGCAAUUGUUUCCUAUUUAAGUUAGACUCUUCUGCACAUUCACUUUGUUGUUAAAGUUCCAUGUUUGUUGGGCAGCGAUAUCUCGAAUACAAGUUCAGGAAGAUCAGUCACGAAAGUGAAGUACCUGAGAAACUAAUGGACUACAGACUAGCUGCAGUCUGGUGUGUAAUGUCUGUGUUAUAGAGUUGUAUUAUGGUUGCAGUGUUAAUUUUUUACGUGUGUUUCGUGUAAUGCAUGACCUUAAUGUUAGACCUUGUGCUGGGAAUUGUGUAUGCCUGUACGUAUAUGUGACUUUCCUUAUCUGAAUGGACACUGGUGCAGUGACUCCUUAAUUGCGAUGCAAAGUGCUUAUAUGUUAUGUAAACCAGAAAGUUUCCCUUCUUAUCUGUUGGUUUUUGCAAACAAAUAGGGCAUUAGCUUAUGGUCGCAUUUGUGAACAAAUCUGUAGAGGUGUCCUAAUGAAUGCAGUGAGUGUUCAAUAGAUUUGUGCAAUGUCUGGGUGCCUGUGAGUUGAAUUGUACACCCUUCCAUAAAAGCUCUUGUUUUGAA